AUGCUGUUCUUCAGUUUCUUCAAAACGCUCGUCGAGCACGAAAUCACCGUCGAACUGAAAAACGAAGUCCAAAUCCGCGGUACAUUGAAGAGCGUAGACCAGUAUCUGAACAUCAAGCUGGACAAUGCGGAGGCUGUAGAUGAGAUGCGCUGGCCGCAUCUGUGCUCAACCAAGGACAUGUUCAUCCGCGGCUCGGUCGUCCGAUACGUACAUUUACCCUCUGGCGCGGUGGACACGGCGUUGUUGGAGGACGCAACGAGGCGGGAGGCCGAGGCGGCGAAGAACAAGGCGAAGUGA